AUGUUUAGUCCCAGUAGCGGUUCAUUUUUCGCAGGUUCUGUAGCAGGCCGUAUAGGGGGGCCCCCCGAUCCUCGCGGUCACCAGGGCCCCCCUGGCCCCCUAGCGCCCUUUGCAGCGUCCACGAGUGAGGAAGUUCCCCGCGCGCUCAGGCAAUCGUGGGAAAAGCAGCAGGGCCCUUCCCACCCCCGAUACAGCUGGCUCGCUGCUCCAACGAGGCAGCGCUUCUCCCCCUACCCCCUCCCUCCCUCCAUCUCCCCCAAGGAAUCUACAGCCACACCCUCCGGAGCUGCGGCAACGGCUGCAGCGGCAGUCGCUGCAGGGACAGCACCAGACAAACAAGACUGUUCUGUAUGUGUCAAAGCGUUCGUCGUGUCUGGCAGCCAGCUGUUGGAUCCUAAGGCCGUCGAGCAGCUCUCUCAAGAAACUCUCAGAGCGCAUGGAAGUUCAACGGACCGAGGAUUCGUGCUGUCUCCGGCGAGUUUUGAGGCUGCAUGCAGCUACUUCAAAGCGGCGGUGCUGCGACUCUACAGUCAGCAAGGCUGGCGUCUUGCCGGAGUAGAGGCUCCCCCAGUGCAGCAAGGCCAGCCUCAUGCGCCAGUUGUCGAGUUUAAAGCGAUCGAGCCGCGCCUGAGCGCUGAACCCUUGACAUCCCCUGCAGCGGCAGAAAAGGGAAAAACACGCCUGCAGACGUUGCAGAGGUUCUUAGGGCUCGAGCCAAGAACCCCUUUUCGGUGGAAUGACAGCAGAUGGAGUGCACUGCUGAGGAGCGGGUUGUUUGAAGAGGCAUCGGCAGUUGCGGUGUUGCAGGGAGAUGGCACUGCUCAAGUUCGGCUGCGUUUGCGAGAGGCCCGUCAGACAUUUCUCUCCCCAGGCGUCUCCUUUGACAGCGCGCUCAAGGGCUGUACUGGAGAGCUGACAUAUCAGGAUCUUAACUGGGGGGGUCGCGCGUGGGCCCUGAGAGGGGCCCUUCGUCGCACCCUAGGGGCCUCCAAAACAGCAAGCAGACUCGGGGGGCCUCCUCAGAGCGUUGCGAGCACGGAGGUAUCCCUUUCGAAUGAGACCCUUCGAAAAGAGGCUGCAGAGGAGGAGUCUCGACGGACGGACAAGCCGCGAAAGAAAAGCUGUCGUGUAGGGAGGGUGGAUUCUGGGGCACAAAAGGUCGAUGGGGGCAGUCGCAACCGUGCGCAUGCAGAGCCUCAAGGAGCUUUGUCAACGUUCUUGCGUGUAAAAAAUCUUGGGGUACGUGUUUACGUUUGCGUGAGCUGGGUGUUCCCGGUGUAUGUGUGCAGCGGCCUAUGGGUAGCACGCCUCGUCCUCUCCGACGUAUCCACCACGCACCAGGGGCCCCCCAAGGAUAGUCUCAACUCACAGCAAGCCUCUCUAGGAGGCGCCGCACGCAUUGUUGGUCGGAGACGAAGUGGAGCAACCUGCAGACUGGAGUUUCCUCUUGUGGGGGCCCCCGAGGGUGCGCCCCCCCUGGGGGCCCCCGAACCCGGCCAGCUUGCGAUUGGGGGCCUUCUCGAGCUCGAGGCACAUCGCCAAAUUGCUCUGUUUGCCCAGGAAAAGAGGCCAGAGGCAUCCGAGGAAACUGAGGCUUCUGCUGACGCAGCAACGAGCACUGGUGUAAGCGGCUGGGCAGCGACUCUCCAGCGACGUGUGCGGUCUGUGUGGAGGCAGGCGAGCCCCCUCACAGAUCCGCAAGAGCUCUCCCUCUCCGAAGCCGCAGCUAAUCCCCAGCUUGCCGAGGCUCCCGCUGGCCACGAUACAGCGAAAGCUAGUCUUUCGAUCUCCCUGCUACAGCGAAAAGAAGCACACCCCAGUUUCUUAGGGCCCGGCAGCAGGUGCUGCCUAGAUACACGACCAAUCCCCUCUCAGUGGCCAGCUGUGCUCUCUGCGCGCUUGACUGUGCUGCAGCCUUUCGAGGUGUCUGUACAGCUCAGUGGCCGACUGGGCGCCUCGGCCCCACUCACAGUCGCUGGUCUCUGUGAGACAAGCGCGGAGGCUAAGAAGACUCUUUGGGGCCCCCCCGCCGACGCGCAAGCGGCACUCUCCGAUGCAGCAGCAGCAGCAAGGGAGACGGGUGCAGGGGGUCGUGGUGCAGCAAUCGCGGCAGCACCAGAAGCUGCCCGAUCGGUCGCCUCAGACCGCCUGUGGGGCGUUAAAGAAUCAGGGAUGCUGCCUCAUUCGCGUGGUCUCCCCCAGUGGGCCCAAGGAGCGACUCUCAGGAUGGGGGCCUUCUUUCGCAGUACAGGAGAAUUCCUUACGGAGAAACUGACUGCCCGCGUGCCCUUCGUGGCUGCAGCGUUGCUGCAGCAGCUGCAACGACAGAGGAAGGGGCAGGCUACAAGCCCACAGUCCCAGCCCUUUGUGCGGUUGGAUGCAAAGGGGGCCCUCAGUGUCACCCCGUAUGCCUUUUUAAGUCGGCCAGAGGGAAAAGUCGCCUCGGGGAGGCUUCACAGGGGAGUCUUGCAGCGGCUGCUGCGGUUGGUAGACUUGCGAGGGCUCUGUUUGCAGUCCGUCUGGGGAGCGCACCUAUUCGUUGGAUCUCGCAUGCUGAAACUGCUGCCGCAAGGAGCCGAUGCGCUUCUGCCUCGAGCAGCGGCAGCUGCUGCAGCUGAAGGGCCCCCUGGGGAAGUGCCAACCCUUGAAUCCGAGGGGGCCCCUAGGGGCCUCGAGCGGUCACCGGGCGCUGCAGCGAUCCUCCAGGAGCCUCACUCCCUUAUUCUCUCAGCGGAGCACUCCCUCUUGCUUCCUUUUGUCAUCCGGCGACAGCUCUUGCCUGGUCAAGUGCAGACGUCGGUGCCUCUUUUUGAGCUGGUUGCAUUUGUUGAUGGCGUCAUGAUGCCCCUUUCCCUGUACUCUGGGGGGGAAAAGGCCGCGGCGGGGAGCCUCGACGCGCGAAACUCGGAAGCAGCAGUCGAUGCAGCAGCAGCAGCAGUCGAUGCAGCAGCAGCAGCAGUGGCUGCUGCUGCAGAUGCAGCAGUUGCUGGCGAUGACAGCGUUGCUUCAACUAGCAGCGUUCACGAAUCCGCCACAUCGCGCCCAUUGCCCAGAGAAACUGCAGCAGCAGCGGAUUCAGCUGCAGCAGCACAUGCAGUGCCUCCAUGGGAGGCAACGGGAGGCAUUGCUUUACGGCUCAGACCGCUCCUGCUUGGUCUCAGCUGGAACUUGAAAGCCCCAAAAGAAGGCAGCAGGUUCUUCAUUCGACUCAAGCCCAGCCUCUAG